AAGUAUGAACAAGAACUGUUCAAAUUGGCUUUGCCUUGUUUGAGCGCAGUUGCAGGGGCCUUACCUCCAGACUAUAUGGAAUCCAAUUAUGUCAAUAUGAUGGAAAAGCAAUCUUCAAUGGAUUCAGAUGGGAAUUUUAAUCCUCAACCUGUUGAUACAUCAAACAUAACAAUCCCUGAAAAGCUAGAAUAUUUCAUUAACAAAUAUGCAGAACACUCUCAUGACAAAUGGUCAAUGGAAAAGUUUGCCAAUGGAUGGACAUAUGGUGAAAUGUAUUCUGAAUCUGCAAAAGUGCAACCAUUAAUGAAACAAUAUAAAUUACUAUCUGAAAAGGAGAAAGAAAUUUAUCGAUGGCCAAUCAAAGAAUCACUAAAAACUAUGCUGGCAUGGGGAUGGCGAAUUGAAAGAACACGGGAGGGAGAUUCCAUGGCACUGUAUAAUCGGACGCGUCGCAUAUCUCAAACCAGUCAAAUCUCUGUAGAUACAGCCCACGGUUACGCUCCUCGAGCUAUUGACAUGAGCAAUGUCACCCUCUCCAGAGACUUACAUGCUAUGGCUGAGAUGAUGGCUGAAAACUACCAUAAUAUAUGGGCAAAGAAAAAGAAAAUGGAGCUUGAAGCAAAAGUAGGAGGAGGCAACCAUCCUCUUCUUGUUCCUUAUGAUACGCUCACAGCCAAAGAAAAAGCCAAGGACAGAGAAAAAGCACAGGAUAUUCUGAAAUUUCUACAGAUUAAUGGAUAUGUUGUCUCCAGAGGACUUAAGGACCUAGAAUUAGACACACCUUCCAUUGAGAAACGCUUUGCCUACAGUUUCCUUCAGCAGCUUAUAAGAUAUGUGGAUGAAGCCCAUCAGUACAUUCUGGAGUUUGAUGGUGGCAGCAGAGGCAAAGGAGAGCACUUCCCAUAUGAACAAGAAAUCAAGUUUUUUGCCAAAGUUGUGCUCCCUUUGAUUGAUCAGUAUUUUAAAAAUCAUCGCCUGUAUUUCUUAUCUGCAGCAAGUAGGCCUCUCAGCAGUGGAGGCCAUGCCUCUAAUAAGGAGAAAGAAAUGGUGACAAGGACUGUGAUGAAAACUGGUCUGGAAUCUGUUAAGAUGGCAUUGAGAGCAUUUUUGGACAAUGCUGCUGAGGAUCUGGAGAAAACAAUGGAAAAUCUUAAGCAAGGCCAGUUUACACACAGCAGGAACCAGCCAAAGGGAGUUACACAAAUCAUUAAUUAUACCACAGUUGCUCUCCUGCCAGUACUAUCUUCAUUAUUUGAGCAUAUUGGACAGCACCAGUUUGGGGAAGAUUUGAUAUUGGAAGAUGUUCAGGUCUCCUGUUACAGAAUAUUGGCCAGUUUGUAUGCUCUAGGAACCAGCAAGAGUAUCUAUGUAGAGCGGCAACGAUCAGCACUAGGAGAAUGCUUGGCCGCUUUCUCAGGUGCCUUUCCUGUGGCUUUUUUGGAAACGCAUUUGAACAAACAUAAUACCUACUCAAUUUACAAUACCAAGAAUGCGAGAGACAGAGCAGUUCUCAAUUUGCCUACUACUGUAGAAGAGGUUUGCCCAAAUAUUCCUUCCUUGGUGAAACUAAUGGACGAAAUUGUGGAACUGGCAGAGUCUGGUAUUCGUUACACGCAAAUGCCACAUAUCAUGGAAGUAAUACUGCCUAUGCUAUGUAGUUACAUGUCACACUGGUGGGAACAUGGGCCAGAAAACAACCCUGACAAGGCUGAAAUGUGUUGCACAGCCUUGACGUCAGAGCACAUGAACACUCUCUUGGGUAACAUAUUGAAAAUCAUCUAUAACAACCUUGGUAUUGAUGAAGGAGCCUGGAUGAAGAGAUUAGCAGUGUUUUCCCAGCCCAUCAUAAGCAAAGCGAAGCCACAGCUCUUAAAGACACACUUCCUGCCACUGAUGGAUAAGCUAAAGAAAAAAGCAGCAGUGGUUGUAUCGGAUGAAGAACAUCUAAGAGCAGAAGGCAGAGGUGACAUGUCGGAGGCUGAACUGCUCAUCCUAGAUGAGUUCACCACUUUGGCACGGGACCUCUAUGCCUUCUACCCUUUGUUGAUUAGAUUUGUGGACUAUAACAGGGCAAAAUGGCUGAAAGAGCCCAACCCUGAAGCGGAAGAAUUGUUCCGCAUGGUGGCUGAGGUCUUCAUUUACUGGUCAAAGUCUCAUAAUUUCAAAAGGGAAGAGCAGAACUUUGUGGUACAAAAUGAAAUCAACAACAUGUCUUUCCUGAUCAGUGACACCAAAUCUAAGAUGUCCAAGGCAGCAGUUUCUGACCAGGAGAGGAAGAAAAUGAAGCGCAAAGGUGAUCGGUACUCUAUGCAAACCUCUCUCAUUGUGGCAGCCCUGAAGAGAUUACUUCCCAUUGGCCUAAAUAUUUGUGCUCCCGGAGACCAAGAGCUAAUUGCACUGGCCAAAAAUCGAUUCAGUAUGAAAGAUACUGAAGAUGAAGUACGAGAUAUCAUCCGCAGUAAUCUUCAUCUCCAGGGCAAGCUUGAGGAUCCCGCCAUCAGGUGGCAGAUGGCACUGUACAAGGAUUUACCAAACAGGACUGAAGAUUCCUCCGAUCCAGAGAAGACUGUGGAAAGGGUCCUUGAUAUAGCUAAUGUACUGUUUCACCUGGAACAGGUUGAGCAUCCUCAGCGGUCCAAAAAAGCAGUGUGGCAUAAGCUACUGUCUAAACAGAGGAAAAGAGCAGUAGUUGCCUGCUUUAGAAUGGCACCAUUGUAUAAUCUGCCAAGGCACCGAGCCGUCAAUCUCUUUCUUCAAGGCUAUGAUAAAUCUUGGAUUGAAACAGAAGAACACUAUUUUGAAGACAAACUGAUAGAAGACUUAGCAAAACCUGGGGAGGAACCACCAGAAGAAGACGAAAGCCUUAAAAGAGUUGAUCCUUUACAUCAACUUAUUCUGCUAUUCAGUCGAACAGCCUUGACUGAAAAAUGCAAAUUGGAGGAAGAUUUCCUGUAUAUGGCUUAUGCUGACAUUAUGGCAAAGAGCUGCCAUGAUGAAGAUGAUGAUGAUGGUGAAGAAGAAGUGAAGAGUUUUGAAGUGACAGGAUCACAACGCAGCAAGGAAAAAGAAAUGGAGAAGCAAAAACUUCUGUAUCAACAAGCCAGACUGCAUGAUCGUGGUGCUGCUGAGAUGGUUCUGCAGACAAUCAGUGCUAGUAAAGGUGAGAUGGGGCCAAUGGUUGCAGCUACCCUAAAGCUAGGGAUUGCUAUCUUAAAUGGAGGAAAUUCUACCGUUCAACAGAAAAUGCUUGACUACCUCAAGGAUAAAAAGGAUGUGGGAUUCUUUCAGAGCCUUGCUGGUCUUAUGCAGUCCUGUAG